ACCAUCCUUGGCCAUCCAAAAAAACAAAGACGCAGACUCUUACACGUUUCUCUGUCGGCUUUUCUAGAUCCAUCUAUGUAAGUUCCUUCUAGAUGAGGCUCGAUCACCUCUGGAUGUAUAUAAAUUAGGUAGAUGGAACUUAAAUGGAAAGGCAAAUAAGGAGGCUACCUAUGGCACCAAGCAACAUAAACUCUCCAACUUCGGAUCUGACUCCCAAAUCGAAGCAACAGAAAAGAAAAGGGAUAAUGAAAAAGUUAAAACCAAGAAUUAGAAAGUUGAAGGAACAGAUGGAAGAGAUUGGUAAUCAGCAAAAAUGCAUCAAGGAGGAGCAAAGAAAAGUUACACAGAAGUUUAAAAUGAUUGAAUCCCAAUGUCACCACCUCAAGAAGGAGACUCAGCUCAUUUCCCAGCAGAGUGCUGCGACACGUUUUCAGCUUGCCCUUCUCUUUCAAAUCCUCAAGGCUAGAGAAGACAAUGAUUUCAACAAAGCUAAUGACCUUACUCGCUCUCUCCGUGAGUUCAUGAUUGCGAAGAACAACACAAAAUGGCCGAUGCAUGGACAUUGAAUCUCCACGGGAAUGCUAAUUAAUUAAUUACAAGAAAUUUGGAUAUCAGAUAUAUAUAUAUAUAUAUAUAUAUUCAAUUGCAUCUGUGUACAGUGAGUUGUUUGUUCUUGUGUUGUUUGAAUGGUUGAUUUUCUGUUUGCGAUUGUGAGGCGUCAACUAUCU